AUGAAAUUUCUCAAGUCCACAACUUCUAGUACUGCGAGAUGGGUCCUCGGCAAAAGUUUUGUGCCCAAAGCCACAAUUAGGACGACAACGUUUCCUAGCAUCGUGACCUCAGAAUUUAGCACGAGAGCUCCCAUGAUCAUCAGCAGCAAAGACCAGAAACCAACUGUCAUCAGCUCAGACAACGAAGAGGUGGAGACGGUGAGUGGUCAUAUCCGCGUAUGA